AUGUCGGUGCUUCAGAGGAUCGCGGAGGUGGAGGCGGAGAUUGCGAGGACCCAAAAGAACAAAGCGACAAACUACCACUUGGGUUUGUUGAAGGCAAAACUCGCAAAGCUGCGCGCGCAGCUGAUCGAGGGAAGCACGAAGAAGGGCGGUGGAGCCGGAGGCGAAGGUUUCGAUGUCUCCAAGACGGGAGAUGCGCGUGUCGGUCUCGUCGGUUUCCCCUCCGUCGGCAAAUCGACGCUGCUCAACAAACUCACAGGAACGUUCAGUGAAGUCGCUGCGUACGAGUUCACGACGUUGACGUGCGUCCCUGGCGUUUUCAAGUACAAAGGCGCGAAGGUCCAGCUCCUCGAUCUCCCCGGAAUUAUCGAAGGUGCGAAGGAUGGCAAGGGUCGCGGUAAGCAAGUCAUUGGUGUCGCCCGCACGUGUUCGCUGAUUCUCAUUGUCCUCGAUGUCAUGAAGCCUAUCACCCACAAGCAAAUCAUCGAGCGCGAACUGGAAGGCUUUGGCAUCCGCCUGAACAAGAAGCCGCCCAACAUCACGUUCAAGAAGAAGGACAAAGGUGGUAUCAGCGUGACGCAUACCGUUCCCUUGAACAACAUCGACGAGGAGACGAUCAAGUCAAUCUGUCACGAGUACCGCAUUUCGAACGCGCAGAUCGCCAUUCGUUGCGACGCCACGGCCGACGACAUCAUCGACGUCAUCGAGGGCAAUCGCCUGUACAUUCCGUGUCUCUACGUGAUGAAUAAAAUCGACCAAAUCACGAUUGAAGAGCUGGACAUCAUCAGCAAGGUCCCACACUACAUUCCCAUCUCAGCCCACCACGAGUGGAACCUGGACGGGUUGCUGGAGAAGAUUUGGCAGUACCUGGAUCUCGUGCGCAUCUACACCAAGCCGAAGGGGCAAAUCCCCGACUACAAUGCCCCGGUCAUUCUGAACAGCCACAUGCGUCGCGUCGAGGACUUCUGCGUGCGGAUUCACAAGUCGCUUCUGGACGAAUUCAAGCUAGCGAUCGUCUGGGGGAAGAGCGUGAAACACAAUCCGCAGAAGGUGGGGAAGGACCACGAACUAGUCGACGAGGACGUCGUGCAAAUUGUCAAAAAGUAG